GAGGUGGUAUGGGAGGCGAGGGAUGUGUUCUGUCUGGGACAGGGUCUCUGCCAGCUUCUACCUCCCGCCGGGCCGUGUGUCCCCUCUCUGCUGACCUUUCCGUUCUGCAAACAGACUUCCAGAUGGGGAAACCGAGACUCAAAAAAGGUCAAAGCUGGCAUUUGACCAAGAGGCCGUGUCAGUCCAGAGUCCUGGGAAUGAAACAGUAGUGUCGGAGCGUGGGAGCUAGCGAAUAGGAAUUGUAUCCCUGCAGUGGGGUCUCAGCCACACCGAGACUGAGUCCUAGGAGAGCUGGAAGCCAGGAAGCCAAGGCUGAGCCUCCUCCCUCCCAGGCCUUGGGCUCAAACAUUGGCCAGCAUCCCUUUUACACACAAUUGCGAGGAGCUAGGACUCGAGGACAUCCGGGCUGCGCGCCAAGAGGAGAAGCCUUGGCUGCGGUAGCGUAGAAGCCGUCAGCCGGCUGCGUGCCAGCUGCCUGUCCCCAGUGAGGGCGACUGAAAAGGCCAGCAGCCACUUCCCCCAGCUGAAGCCAGCGGCGUCACCGCCACCCUGGAGCGCCCUCUACCAGUGUCCCAAGCGAAGAACUACAGCUCCCAGAAGACGAAGACAGAUUGUCGUACGCACGCGCAGAUUGAGGAGUCGACACUCUCUCGCCAUCUGCUGGUCGUUUCGGAGAACUACACGCCACUUAAGACAACACCUGUUUGUCAUCAUGCACAGGCGUGGAACUACAACUCCCGGAGUGCCACGCGGCAACACAUGGAACUACAUUUCCCAGAGGCAUUGUCGCUGAGCCCACGGUCUAGGAACUGGCGGCAGCCGGGACAGAGUGACCCGCCCCUGGACAUGGCUUUCCUAGCCAGGACUUUUGGGUGCUCCGCCUGCAGAUCGGUGGCCCAGUUUGGUGGCAGGUGGCUCCAACCCCGGGUCUGGAUGGGGCUCCCGGACGCUUGGGGGCUCCCCUCCGUGCAGCAGCAGACCCGCGGCCGCACGCGUGGGAACGAGUACCAGCCCAGCAACAUCAAGCGCAAGCACAAACACGGUUGGAUCCGCCGGCUGAGCACCCCGACCGGCGUGCAGGUCAUCCUCCGCCGCAUGCUGAAGGGCCGCAAGUCCCUGAGCCACUGAGGAACAGCGCCCGGCGCCUGCGGGAACAGACUCAGACGCCGGUAGAACUGACCGAGGGCAAGAAGUUGGGGGCCGUCCCUUCCUAGGCUUUUGGAGUAUGAAGAAUUCAGAACUUGCAGAGCCCCCAGGUCCCGGAACAGCGGUGGCGCCCCCUCCUGCGUUAUCUCUGCAGUUUCUGUUCAUGUUUCUGAAGGCAUCUUUGUAAGCUUGGCUACUUAAAAUAUCACACCACCCCUGGUGAUUCCAGCCAUUCGGAAAUAUUACCGGCUCGCUAAUAAACAUUCCCGU